AUGAAGUUCUCUUUUCCUUGCUCAAAGUGUUUAUCUGCUCGGGCAGGAAUCGUCGAUGAUAGUAACUUACCUGGUCUGCAGUUUCUUAAAAAUGUCCACGCCUUCUCGUACAGAGAAUUGAAAGUCGCCACCAACGGAUUUCAUCCCUCGAAUAAACUUGGUGACGGCGGAUUUGGCACUGUGUAUAAGGGAAAAUUAAAUGACGGAAGAGAUGUGGCCGUGAAAGUACUUUCAGUAGAAUCAAGACAGGGUGACAGGGAAUUCAUGGCUGAGCUAUCAUCGGUCUCCAACAUUCGUCACGAAAAUUUGGUGAAGUUGCACGGUGGUUGCAUCGAAGGACAUCGUAGAAUUCUUGUUUACGAAUACAUGGAACAAAACAGCCUCGCUCGCAUCUUGCUAGGUGAUGACAAAAUCAGAUCAAAAUUAAAUUGGAGAGUGCGAAAAGAAAUGUGCAUAGGAAUUGCAAGGGGACUUUUUCAUAUUCAUGAAGAGGUUAAACCGCACAUCGUACACAGAGACAUCAAGACAAGCAACAUACUUUUGGAGAAGAACUUUCAUCCACGAAUUUCCGAUUUCGGGUUAUCGAAGCUCUUUCCAGAACACGUUUCUCACAUCACCACACGAGUGGCCGGAACAUUAGGCUAUCUUGCUCCGGAAUAUGCCGUCACUGGUCAUCUAACACGGAAGUCAGACGUGUACAGUUUCGGAGUGUUGAUUUUACAGAUAGUUAGUGGACGAUCGGCACUUGACUUCGAUCUGGAACUUGGAGAACACUAUCUUGUCCAAAAGGCAUGGCAAAUGCACAGGGAGAACAGGCUCGCAGAUAUAGUGGACUCGACACUGGAGCAUGAUGUCAACUUUACAGAGAAGGAAGCUAUCCAUUUCCUAAAGGUGGGUCUACUCUGUGUCCAAGAGAAAUGCAACCUCAGGCCAACAAUGUCAGCAGCCAUUCAAAUUAUGAUGAUCGAUCAGCAGGACGAGAUCAAAGUGAAUGAUUUCAACAACGUGGAAAUUAGGCAGCCAGGAGUGAUCACCAAUAAUAUGGACUUGAAAAUAGCUCAGAGCAAGAAUGAAAGCAGCUCAAAAUCAAGCAUCAACAGCAUGCAAAGCCCACAAGUGUGCCCUUUUAAAUCUAGAAUGUCUAAAUAA